CGAUAACCAUGUGAGCUUUCGUUUGGAUUUUAUGCGAUAUCCAGGAAGAAAAACAAACAAAAAUGAAUGAUCAGAUUAUUAAAGAUAUUUUGGAGGUCCAUGCUCGCCUGUUUGACCACAGACCCAUACUUCAGGGCCAUCUAAAAGCAUUCAUCAAGGAAUUUGAGGAGAAGAGAGGAAACCAUGAGACAGAAUGCUUGAAAAAGAUACAGUCAUGUGUAGCCGAUGUGAAGGACAAAUACUUGGUGGAGACUGCUACAGCCCUGGACACAUUUCUAGCCAAUAUUCAGGCCAAAAUUUCAGUGGCAACAGAAGUAUGCAAGAAAAUAGAGGAAAAAGAAAACAACGUAGAUGUCGGAGUGCUGGAACUAGAAAGGGGGCGUCGCCGAGAGGCCUGGGACACGUUCAUGCAGCAGCAAUUUGAGAAAAGUGCACUGGUGGACAAAGAAAUGGAUGAAGGGAUGAAAAAACUGACAGGCGAAUACGCAGAGAUGGAAAAGAAGCUUGAAUUAGAGUAUCUAUCAUCAUAAAUGUGAACUCUUAUUUGUCGUUAUGAAAAAUGCGUCUUAUUUCAGUCCUCUAUAGUGACUUAAUCAUUCCAGAUCAGUUUUACAAGGUGUGCAUAACAAUUGUUCAAUUUAUUUGUGGAUGAUUAAGUGUUUUGGGUGACCUACCAUAAAACUUGUUAGGUAUAUUCCCAUGUUUGCAUUGUUUUUAACUGCUUAAAUACAUUGAUACAAUUUUAAGCACCAAAUGACUUUAACUCAUGUGAAAACAGGGCUUAUUGCAUGUGCGUAAAAUGUCCCAGAUUAGCCUGUGCAGACCCACAGGCUAAUCAGGGACGACACUUUCCAUUAAAACUGGAUUUUCUUCCAUUUAACAAAACGUGCAAUUAAAGCGUUAAGUGUCAUCCCUGAUUAGCCUGUGCCCAGUUUUUUCAGGGCGAGGAUUUAAUUUAUUCAAUGUGGAUCUGAACAUUUUGUUUAUAACACUUGUACAAGUUUUAAAAGGUUUUAACAUUUCAUUACAAAAUAAUGCACUUUUGCAAGUUACACUGUACAAUCCUGUUAUAAAUCAUUAUCUGAUGAGCUUCAUGUACAUUGCAGUUGUGCAGAUUUUACUAGAACUUUUAACUCGGUAAGUUUCCCACACCUGCAAAGUUGAACAAUGACUUAUCUUUCAUAGGACACGUUGUACAUGUACAUGUAGUGUUUAUUUGUAAACAUCAGAUGAGA